AUGCUUUUAAAAACAAUGUAUAUGUGGAUCUUCCAAUCAAAAAUUAAUAGUACAAGUGAUUUGUUAGAUUUGAAACAAUUUUUGAACAAGUUAGGUAAACCUCAAACUAUUGACGAUGUUCUUCAAAACUUACCUAUCUCAAUUGAAUCCUUUAAAAUAAAUGAUAUUCAGAGUUUUGCUACUCAAUUUAAUCAUCUAAUCAGUUUGAAAACUUUAAUUAGUAAUAAUUGUUCUAGUUACUAUUUAUAUACUUUACCUCAUUCUUUAGAAAAUCUCACUUGCUUUAGAGUUCAUUUUUAUAAUAUGAGGAAUGAACCUCAAUGGCCUUCUAAUUUAAAAAAAAUUCAUUUGGAAUUUUCAAGGUUCUCAUUCUUUAAUACGAUAACAUUUGCAAACUGGCCUAAAGGAUUAAUUCACUUAGUCUUGAGACAAAAUUAUGCACCAUUAAGAAUAAGUGAUUUACCUGAAUGCUUGAAAUAUUUAGAAUUGAAGGGAACUGGUGCCACUCGAUAUAUUCAAUUUACUUCUCCAUCAGAUUUUGGUAAUGGCAAGAUAUUUCCUGAAUCAUUGAAACAGUUAAAAUUAUCAAGGGUGAAGUUUACAGACUUGUUUGAUCAAAGUAUAGAAUUUCCUAGACAAUUAGAGAGAUUAGAAAUAUCAAGUUGUUCAAUUGCUUGGGUUGAUUGUAUAUUUCCACCCACAUUAACACGUUUAGAAUUAUGUAACAUUACCAUACGAAGCUUAAAUGAAUAUAAUUCCAAAUUCAAAGAUUGGAAUCAAUUAGUCAAUUUAAAAUAUCUAAGCUUCAAGGGAUCUUCUUUAAAAUGUGGAUUAAAGACUUGGUUACCCCCUAAAAGUUUAAAAGUUCUAAAUUUACGUAAUACUAACAUCAGAAGUUUAGACAUUGCAAUGUUCAAGAUAAUUAAUAAGGAAUAUACUAGCAACCUUACUGAAAUAGAUGUUUCCAGAACUAGUAUAAAAAAAAUACCAACAACUUUUUAUCUACCAUGUAAUGUAUUUCAAUUUGAUAUAACUGGAAAUAGGUGGAAUCGUAUUUUUUUUCCAGUAACCAUACGUAACAAGAUCAUACGACUUUAUAAAUAG